AUGGCAAAAUAUGUAAAAAAAGUUGGUGGAAGACAGUAUCAAAAUUAUUCGGAAGAAACUUUAAAAAAAGCCGUAAUGGAAUUAAAGACAAAAAAAAUAACUUUUCGGGAUGCAGAAAAAAAGUAUAGGAUAUCAAAGUCUACUCUGCAAAGAAAAGUAAAUAAUAAAAAUAUGAUGAAAGUGGGCAGACCAAAUACAUUGUCGGAAAAAGAUGAGGAAAAUCUAGUUAAGGGAAUAUGUUUGUCUAGUAAAUGGGGAUUUCCUUUUACAUCUAUGGAUAUCCGGUUAUUGGUACAACAAUUCCUGAAUAAAAAUGGUUUUAAGGAAAAACGGUUUACAAACAAUUUACCCGGAUAUGAAUGGUUCAAACAUUUUUUAGAUAGACAUAAAUCUAUAUUAAGUGAGCGAUUAGCCGAAAAUAUAAAGAGAUCAAGAGCGGAAAUCAACCAUGAAUCUAUAAAAAAAUAUUUUGAACACUUAAAAAACUCGUUAGCCGGAGUUUCUGCAAAUUUAAUUAUUAAUUAUGACGAAACCAAUAUUACUGACGACCCUGGGAAAGCCAAGAUAAUAACAAGGAGAGGUUGCAAACAUCCAGAACGAAUUUUAGACUCGUCUAAAUCUAGUGUAUCCGUAAUGUUUGCUGGAACAGCCUCCGGGUAUUUAUUACCACCCUAUGUGGUAUACAAAGCGGAAAACUUAUAUGAUAGUUGGACAGAGGGUGGGCCUAAAGGAACUAGGUAUAAUCGUUCCAAGUCUGGAUGGUUCGAUGGUGUUUUAUUCGAAGACUGGUUUAAUAAAUUAAUCUUACCAUACUAUAAAAAAUUUCCCGCUGAUAUCCCAAAAGCAAUGAUUGGUGAUAAUCUCGCCAGCCACAUAUCACUUGCUGUAAUUGAAAAAUGUAAAGAAUACAAUAUAAGGUUUAUUUUGUUACCACCAAAUAGUACUCAUCUGUGUCAACCCUUAGAUGUGGCAUUUUUUAGGCCACUAAAAAUCCAUUGGAGAAAGACUUUAUUGGCUUAUAAAAAUAAACAUCGUGGUAGUAUCCCAAAAACAGAAUUUCCUAGGGUUUUUAAGAACGCUUUGGAUAGACUAAAUAUUGAUAACUGUGCAUCAAAAAAUUUGAUUUCGGGAUUUAAAGCUACGGGAAUUUACCCUUUAGAUGAAAACAUGGUGCUUUGCAAAAUACCUACUUUAAGUAGACAUUUGAACGAAUCAAUAAGUACUAGUGAAGAUACUGGAACGAGUUGGUGCGAAACAUUUGAAAAUUUUUUAUCUGAAUCAAGGGUUAAAGAAACAUCUAACCUUAGAAAAAACCAACGCAAAAAGUUAUCAGUUCAACCAGGAAAGAGCAUUACUUCAAAAGCAGACCUUAGUGACGAAGAAGACUUUGACAUAAAUCAGCCAUCUACCAGCAGUUUGAAUGCUGUUUCAAAUACUCCAUCAACUCUAAAAAGUCGUAAAAUGGUAAAGUCUCUAUCAACUCAAGAAUUUUCUGUUUCUGGGUUUUGCAAAGGUGAUUUUGUAGUUGCUCAUUUAUUGUACAAUGUAAAUACUUCCAAAGAGGGAAUAAAGAAAUUUUACGCUCAAAUUGAGGAUAUAGAUGAAAAUUCCGAUCCUAUACAGUUAAAGCUAAAAUAUCUAAAGCAAUCGGUUGGAUCGAGAGAUAUUUAUACAUUUCCUCUGAUAGAAGAUAUUGGAUAUGUAACAGUGGAUCAAAUUUCCGACAUUGUUUACCCUGGUGUGUUUAAACGAAAUCGUUAUAAGUUUCCUUCAACAGAUUAA